AUGUAUCAACGUACGGUGGUGAUGUGACGAACGAUCACGGGACUGAUGUAAUAUCAGCCCCACUACUUAAACCGAAGAUCGGAUCGAGGUUUCAAAGUCCCUGACGAGAAGCAACGACGUACCAGUACGUGCCUUUCGUUACUGAAGACAAUGAUGAUGAAGACGCUACUCUCAACUGUUUUCGCGGUGCUGUAUAUCCAGGCGGUGUUCGGUGUAGAUCCUCACGAGCACUCCAAGGUGGUCUGCUAUUGGAAUAGCACUGCCUAUGAAAGAGAAGGUCCAGCAAAGUUUCAACUUGAUGAUGUCAGAUUAGCCUUGUCUCUCUGCACUCACUUGAUCUACGGAUACGCACACAUUAAUUCCGAUUUUGAAGUUGUUCCCGGUUCACCGAAUCUUGAUACUGGUUCGGGCUAUUCUUAUUACAAACUCACCACGCAGCUGAAACGAGCGUUUCCUGAUCUAAAAGUCUAUCUGAGUAUUGGAGGAAACUCCGAUCCUUAUGAUGAGGAACACAAAUACCUCGUAUUGACCGAGACUUCGGAAGGCAGAUCCAAAUUCAUCAAUUCUGUCAAUCGCCUGCUGAAUGAUUAUGACUUUGAUGGAAUCGAUCUGGCGUGGCAGUUUCCACCAGUCAGGCCCAAGAAGCAACGCAGCACUUUAGGUUCUCUUUGGCACGGUUUGAAAAAGAAAUUGGGCUACGGAAAAUUCAAGGAUGAGAAGGAGCAGGAGCAUCGCGACGGCUUCACCAUUCUGGUCCGUGAUCUGAAGACACAACUUAGAUCAAGAUUCAAGGCUCUGACUGUUACGGUAUUGCCGCAUGUUAAUGCUAGCGUCUACUACGAUGCCAGAUUAUUAUCGCCCAACAUCGAAGCCGUGCAUCUCUUCACUUUCGAUCAAAAGACACCGGAACAAAGCCCCAAAGAGGCUGAUUUCCCAGCACCAAUCUAUGGCAGUUACGGACGCGUGGUGGAUGAUAAUAUCGAUAAUGCAGCAAGUUACGGAUACGUGGGAGAUGACAAUAUUGAUGCUGCGGCAAGGUACUGGUUAGAGAACGGCACCCCUGGUAGUAAGAUUGUCAUCGGUAUCCCCACUUACGCUCGCACGUGGAAAUUGACAGGCGAUAGCCAGAUUUCCGGCGUGCCGCCUAUCGUAGCUGAUGGCCCGGGCGCUCCUGGACCUCACACCAAUCAACCGGGACUGCUCUCCUAUGCCGAGAUGUGCGCCAAGCUGACCGAACACGCGGCAGGACGAUUGCGACGUGUCGGCGAUCCGUCCAAGAAGUACGGCAGUUAUGCUUAUAAGUCUUAUAACGCCGAUACCGGAGAAGAGGGAAUCUGGGCUGGUUAUGAGGAUCCGGACACUGCCGGCAACAAGGCUGCUUUUGUGAAAUCCAAAGGGCUCGGCGGUGUAGCAAUCGUAGAUCUGUCCCUGGACGAUUUCCGAGGUGUUUGCACCGGCGACAAGUAUCCUAUUGUCAGAGGAGCUAAAUACAAAUUGUAGAAUCGAACGAGAAUCGAUCGGAUGACAGCCGAAAUAGAUGUCAAAAUUAAAAAAUAUUUUGAAGUAUUUAAUUAUUAUAUUCGACUGAAAGAAUUGCGUUUGUCUUAAAAAUGUUUUGAAUGAUAACCGCUGUUUGAUAACAGCAGUUAUAUUUGUAUGCAUUGUCCGACGAGUGAACUAUCGAGAUUUUUAAUGAUCGAGAAAGAAACUUUUUAACGAGAAUUGCUGUUCCAUAUACAUUAUCUGCGAUGAUAAUAAAAAUAGCGAUGCUUUCCUA